GUACUUACUGAUUUUCUGAUUACCUUAUCAUAAUAUAUAAAAUUCCACUACAAAUAAUUUAUUCUAUGAUGCAAUAUAGAUUCUAGAGAACGGUUAUUUUGUUAUUCAUAAAAUGUUAAAAUUUGCGUUUUUUCUAUUAGUGCAUUUUAUAUUCAAAGUGUAUUGCGAUGACGACCUAAUAGUUACACUGCCAAAUGGACAGAUUCGCGGAAUUACUGUAACACCACCUGUUACUAUAGACCUCACGUAUUAUGCAUUUUUGGGUGUACCGUUUGCAGCACCACCAACAGGAGAAUUAAGAUUUAAGCCUCCACAACCGGCUAAUAACUGGGAUGGGAUUUUAGAGGCAAAUAAUAGCAAAAUCUCAUGUUAUCAAACAGACAAAGAUGACGACUAUCAAACCGAAGAUUGUCUACAUUUAAAUGUUUAUACACCUAACAAUCCUUCCAGCGGUAAAAAGACUCCUGUGUUAGUGUUCAUCUAUGGAGGUACUUUUGUACAUGGACACGCCAAUUAUGAUCCUAAGUCUGUAGCUUUCUUGAUGAGGGAAAAUAUAACAGUGGUUACAUUCAAUUAUAGAGUUGGACCUUUUGGAUUUCUAUCGACAGCAGAUACUGUAGUUCCUGGUAAUAUGGGUCUUAAAGACCAACAAUUUGUUCUUAAGUGGAUGCAGAAUAAUAUCCAUCUUUUUGGAGGUGAUAAAGCUAAAGUGACGAUAAUGGGCCAAAGUGCUGGAGCAGCGUCAGUUACAUACCAAGUGCUAAGUCCAGGAUCAGCUGGCUUAUUUGUUGGUGCUAUAGCAAACAGUGGUACAGCUCUUUGUAAUUGGGCUUACCAAAGUAACGCUUUAGAUACGGCGUAUGGCAUAGCUAACGAAAUUGAUCCUACAUUUGGAACAGACAAGACCACUGAAGAAUUGUUGGAGUUUUUACAAGGCGUUGAUGCAUCUGCUAUUCACGCUACUUCAGAUAAGUACAAGGUAUUUGCUCCGGUUAUUGAAGUACCUCAUGAUGGAGCUAUUAUAUCAGAUAAUAUGUACGAAUCGUUGGUUAACGGAACUUUCAAUAAAGUUCCUCUAUUACUGGGUUUCAAUUCCGAGGAAUCGAUUGGUAUGGCAAAAGAUAUAGAUGCAUGGAAAAAGCACUGCCAAGGUUACGAUGCCAAUCCUAGCACCCUUGUUGACCCUGACAUGCAUAUUGAGGACAACGAAACUAAGCUGACAGUAGGAAACGCAAUAAAAACUCUUUAUGUCGGCAAUGGUACAUUUGAGGAGGGAUACGGGAAAGGAAUUCAAUAUUUUAGCGACAAUACAUUUAUUAGACCAAUAAUAAAGUUCGCAGAACUUGUUUCCAAGCACGUCCAGAAUCUAUACUUUUACCAAUUCUCCUAUCACGGCAAACUAGGUCAAAACAAUAUAGAUAUUCCAGGUAUUGGAAAAGUGGCUCAUGCUGAAGACCAACGAUACUUCUGGUGUGAACACGAUAGCUAUUCAGAAUAUCCAACAUCUGACCUGAAAACUGUGCAGAAAUACGUCAAACUUUUAGUGAAUUUUAUAAGACACCAAAAACCCACACCAUGGAUUGAUAUGAUAUUCGACUAUUGUAUGUGGCCGGAAGUUACAAGUCACUAUUUUACAUAUUUGGACAUUGAUACUACAUUGAAGAUGCGAUAUGAUCCAAGAAACUUUUCUUAUAAUGCUUGGGUUGGCCUUUAUGAUAAGUACGCUAAAAAACCGUUCAUACCAUAUUAAAUGUAUGUGUUUUAAUAUUAGGUAUUCAAAAUAAAAGUUGCUGAUAAUUAUUGGUUAGUGACAUAAA